AUUAUCGUAAGUGAAGUUUUGACCAUUGUCGUUAAAUUCAAGAAUCUAACAAAUCUCUCAAGAUGUACGCCUUAGAUCUGCCUUAGAUCAAUAUAUACAGAUAAUAAUCGCAUACCAUGAAGUUCGCAGAACAUCUCUCCGCCCAUAUAACACCCGAAUGGCACAAACAAUACAUUCAAUAUGAGGCUAUGAAACAGAUGUUGUAUGAAGCACAGGAACAAGCACCAUCUCCUGAUGAAGGUACUGAUGAAGGUGUCAUACAGCGCUUUUUUGCUAGGUUCGACGAGACAUUCUUCCAAUUUUGCGACAAGGAACUUGCUAAAAUUAACACUUUUUUCCUUGAGAAACUUGCUGAAUCACAGAGGAAAAUCGCAAACUUGAAAAGUGAACUGAACAUUUCACUCCACUUAGAAAACCAAGAAAGAAAUUCACCAAACAAUUUACGUCGUCGUAAGUCCACCAUGUUUGCACGUGACAAAAGCGCAAGAGCUACCGCAUCACAUGUUCGUAAAAUACACGACCUGAAGCUGGCCUUUAGCGAAUUCUACCUCAGCUUGGUGCUACUACAGAACUAUCAAACUCUCAAUUUUACGGGUUUUAGAAAAAUAUUAAAAAAACAUGACAAGUUAAUGACCACAGAUAGGGGAGCAAAGUGGAGACAGGAUUAUGUGGAGACUGCCAGGUUCUACAACAGUAAGGAUGUUGAUCACCUGAUCAAAGAAACAGAGGGGGUAUUUACCCAGGAUCUGGAGGGAGGCAACAGGCAGAAGGCCAUGAAGAGGCUGAGGGUACCACCUUUAGGGGACCAGCAAAGUCCAUGGACAACAUUCAGAGUGGGUCUCUUCUCUGGUAUAUUCCUUGUACUCAUAACAGCUGCUGUAUUAGCAGGAGUUUUCACUGAUCACUCUCAUGACUGGGCACCUGCCCUACGUAUCUACAGGGGUUGUUUCUUGCUCAUCUUAUGCUGCUUUUUAUUGGGUCUUAACACAUAUGGUUGGAGGUCAUCAGGGGUGAAUCAUGUCUUGAUAUUUGAACUUGAUCCCCGAAAUCAUCUCUCUCAUCAGCAACUUCUUGAGGUUGCUGGCUUCUUUGCUGUAAUCUGGGCAUUGAGUGUACUAGGCUACAUGUUCAGUAGUGUACUAUAUGUUCCAGUGUUUGCCCACCCCCUAGCUCUGGUGGGAUUUUUAUUCCUAUAUCUAGUCAACCCUAUACAUAUACUGCACUAUAGAGCUAGGACUUGGCUACUUAGAAUACUGUUCCGAAUAGUAACAGCACCAUUCCACCACGUGGGGUUUGCUGACUUCUGGCUGGCUGAUCAACUGAAUAGCCUAGCAACAGUGCUCCUUGACUUUGAGUAUCUUAUAUGCUUCUACGCCAUAGAGGUAGACUGGCAUAUUGAACCAAACAAAGGUACAUGCAGCACAAUAGCAUAUGGCAUUCGUCCCAUAUUUGCGUGUCUUCCUGCGUGGUUCCGGUUUGCUCAGUGCCUUAGGCGUUACAGAGACACUAAGCUGGUCUUCCCGCACAUAGUGAAUGCUGGCAAAUAUUCAACCACAUUCUUUGUAGUUCUGUUCUCCACUUUGAAUAAAUAUUAUAAAGGUAUUCAUGGAGAAGAAACUAUUCAAAACAAUGCAUUUUUCUACUUAUGGAUUGCAUCUGCCAUCAUCAGUACAUGUUAUACGUUUAUAUGGGAUAUAAAAAUGGAUUGGGGCUUAUUUGACAAAAAUGCAGGGGAAAACAGAUUUUUAAGAGAAGAAAUAGUCUAUGCUUAUAAGGCCUAUUACUAUUUUGCAAUAGUGGAAGAUUUUAUAAUCCGCUUCUCCUGGACAGUUGUAGUGACUGUAGGAGAGGGAGAGUAUAUACAUGGGGAGAUAUUGAAAACCAUACUUGCCUGUUUGGAGGUAUUUAGGAGAUUUAUAUGGAAUUUUUUCCGUCUUGAGAAUGAACAUCUUAACAACUGUGGUCAGUUCCGUGCAGUACGAGAUAUUUCAAUAGCUCCUAUGGAGGCUAACGAUCAAACCUUAUUGGAAGAAAUGAUGGAUGACCCUGAUGGAGUAACCAAUAGGAGAAAAGAUAAAAGACGACCAAUCAAGAGAGGUAAAUAUGAAAAGCUAGUAUCAACCUGGGCAGAUGAUGAUGAAGACCUUUGAACCAAGAUAGUCUCAAACCAAAACCACAUGUAUAGAUGGCAGCAGAGAUAUGACCCAUAGUAUCAAACCCAAAACAAUAUCUGACCAAAAUAACAUUUAGGAGAAUAUCUGAGUGGCGAUUCAUCCUGGAUGGGACAAAGGGAUCAAUGAAAAAUGGAUCAGUAUCAUGCAUGCAUAUACAACAUCGCUAUUAUAUGAUGAAGCAUAAUAAUAGAAAAAAGGAAUGGUUGGGUCUGCAACUGGCAUUUUCAUAUACUGAAGAUUUUUGAGAUCUGACAUAUAUUGGAUGAAGUGCAUUUAAACCAUCAUUUCUAUAUCUUAGUUCAACUUAUUAAAAACUUAUGACACAGAAUAUUAUGCCUAUUUAUGAGCUAUUGAAGAAGACCAGUUGGACCAAGUUAUCCUCAAAAUAUCCAAAUCGACUUUCACCAAACCUAGUUUUUAUCUUUCACUGUGUGUAAUGGGCAAAUAAGUAAAAUGCUGUAAUUUGGUUAUUAGGCAUAUAAUACCAAAGAACAUUUGGUCUUUCAAAUGUGGUGCAUAAUUCAUUUUGAAAUCCAUAUAAAAUCUUAAAUUGUAGACUUACGUUUUUUUCACGAACUUUUUUUACUCAAUAUGCCUCCUCUCUAUAUGUUAAAGAAAAUCUAUUUACAUGGUGACUGGAUUUCAAAAUACAAAGAAAGGAGUGGUAUCGAUAUGGAGAACUGAAUUCAACAAUGUUUUUCUCUUAAACCAAUCAUUGAAAAC